AUGCCGGAUGCACACAAAGAUCAACCACGACGCUGCAAAGAUAAAGAUGAGCUUGCUUUGGAUGCCUUGGCUGUCUACAGCAUCCGCCUUCUUUGUGGAGAUAUGGUGGACCGUGCAAGCUCUGGCCAUCUGGGCACCCCAUUUGGCUGUGCGCCGCUGGCCAACGCUCUUUGGGGGAGCAUUAUGAAGUUCUCGCCCAACAAGAGAUGGCUCAAUCGCGAUCGCUUCGUCCUGUCCGUGGGGCAUGCGUCCGCUUUGCUUUACAGCAUGCUUCACCUGGUCGGAACGGGAGCAGGCGGCCCCUACGAGGUCUGCAUGGAGCAGCUGAAGCAAUUUCGCCAAGCGGGCAGCAGCACCCCCGGGCACCCGGAAUUUCGAAUGACCAGUGGAGUUGAGGUCACCACGGGACCCCUGGGUCAGGGCUUUGCCAAUGCCGUCGGGAUGGCCAUCUCCGAGGCCCACCUGGCUGCCCGCUUCAAUCGCGAAGGCUUCCCGCUCUUCGAUCACUACACCUAUGUGCUCGCUGGUGAUGGCUGCCUGAUGGAGGGUGUAGCGCAGGAGGACGUCGGCGGCGUCUUUGCGGCCAAGGGAUGGAACGUUCUCCGAUUGGAAGAUGGAAAUCAGGUCUAUUUGUGCUUCCGCGACUUUAUGUGGUUGGACUACGUGCUGAGCGCCUACGAGGAGAUCGUGGAGGAGGCCAAAUCCCAGAAGGAGAAGCCGACCAUCAUCAUCAUGAAGACGACGAUCGGUUGUGGAGCGGGGAAAGGAGUCGAAGCCACGUCGAAGGCCCACGGCGGCAAGUUCUCCAACCUGGAGGACCUCCGCAAGAAGUGGCACUCGCCGGCGGGCCUGCGGACCGGCGGGGGUGACCUGGACAAGCAGGUGGCGGACUUAGUGCAGCAAGAGUUAGACGCCCUGGCUGCCUACGGAAGCCCCGACUGCAGCUCGGCGGCGAAGUCUGGCGUCCUUCCGAAGUUCUACGUGCCAAGGCCUGUCCUCCAGCGCUUCCGCAGCUACGGAAAGCAAGGCGACGGCCUCUGCGAGUCCUGGGAGGAUCUUUGCCGGCGAUUCUGCGAGACUUUCCGACAGAAGGAGCCGGCCGUCGUGAAAGACCUGGAGGAGCGGCUCCAGGCAGACUUCUCGGAUUUAAGAUCCCCAGAUGUCGCCAGCAGCGUCGGGGCCCACUUUCCAAGCAUCCAAGGCAACUUCCUGCCGCCUUCCCUGCGGCCGGGUGCCAGCUAUGCUGGGCGCUACAUCCACUUCGGCGUGCGCGAGCACGCGUGCCUUGCCAUUCUCAACGGCAUCUGCUCCUAUUCAGCGCUGAUUCCUUACGCGUCGCUCUUCACCGUCUUUUUCCAGUACGGCAUGCCGGCUCUCCGAAUGGCUUCGAUCUCCAAGUUCCCGGUGCUUUACAUCGGCACGCACGACUCGAUCGACCUCGGCGAGGACGGCCCCACGCACCAGCCGGUCGAGGUCUUGCCGCAGCUUCGCGCCAUGCCUAACUUUCUCGUGAUCCGCCCGGCGGAUGUGGAGGAGGUGGUCGGAGCCUUCCGCGUCUUUGCGGAGCAGUACACCGGCCAUCGUGAGGUGGAGCAGUACAUCGACCCGAAGCCGCUGAAGCGCCGCCCAGUCUUCAUCAUGACCUCUCGGGGUGAGCUUGGCCUCCCCUACAAGAGCAACGUGGCUAUGAAGGGCCGCGAUGGAGUGCUCCGAGGCGCCUAUGUCGUGCACGACUGCUGCGACGCACACUCCUCGCAGCUGACCACCUCGCAGCUGCCGGACAUCAUCCUCAUAGGCAGUGGGCAGGACGUGGCCCUUGUCAUGGAGACGAAGGCUUUGCUCUUGCAGUGGUCCAGGAAGGUCAACCAGCAACUCUCAGGAGCCUUCGACGGUUUUCCUGCGGCCAAGUGGGAAGGCCAGGCCCUCUUGAAGGUGCGGGUGGUGUCGAUGCCCUGCUGGGAGAUCUUCGAUGAGCAGGAUCAGGAAUACCAGGACUCGGUCCUCCUCUCGAACUUCAACGACAUCCUCCGGAUCUACGUGGAGAAGGCCGCGACGAAGAACACGGGGCACGACAAGUACGCCCACUUCUCCAUCCUGAUGCCCUCCUAUGGCCUGUCCGGGAAGGCGAAAGACGUGGAAAAGAUUUUGGAGUUCACCCCCGAGUACGUGGCUGCCAAAGUCUGGAGCAGCUGGAUUCAGAGGGGUCGGAGGCUCCAGCUCCACGGGGACCGCGCCGACCAAGGCACGGCGUUGCGGGUCCUUUUGAAACAGGGGCUUAGGGUUUUAGGGUUUAGGGCUUAG